ACCGGAAAAGUAAGCCAGUGGCUGUAGGAUCGGUAGGAGUGAACACGGUAGAGGACCGUUUAAAAACUCACCGAGUUUUUAAUUUCAAAGCAUUACUCUUGUGGAACCUUUAACGUUACUAGACAUACAUCUAUCUUUGAAUGUAUGCACUAUUGCAGUGUAUAAUUAUUACAAGCGAUUCAAGAAUAAUCGAACCCAGUGAUUACAUCAGAAUCUUUUUUUAAAACUGCUGAUGAAGCGAAGAGAGACAACUCUAGAAAUUUUCGUCAACAACAAAGCGAAAUUUUCUAUUCUGACACCUGGGUAAAAGACGUGUAUAAAGUCUUUGAAGAGGAGCUAUUUUUUUUAUUGUUGACAACUGACUUUCUGCAUAUUUGUGGAUUGGUCUACCUUACAGUUGUGAAUCAUUUUAUUUGGAUGGCCUUCAACUGACAGUAACACAUUUGCAUUCAUCAAGAUUUAAUUUCUAUUUUAACUGACAAUUAAGUUUUUUAUUUAUACUGCAGACCAGAUACAGUUCUUUGUAACAUUUUGCAAAAACCAUAUUUGCAUAUUGGGAAGGAUUUCUAAAGGAAAAUAUACAUACCUGGUUCAUUUUCAAGGAUUACAUCAUCGCCAGCGAACCACAGAACAAUUUCUUGUGUUAAGCAGAACACUUCUAAAAUUUAGAUUUAAUUUAUAUCGUGAUAAUCUUUAUUCUCUUACUAUAAUUAUUUAGUUUUUAUUUUAAUUUAUGUAGAUAACAAUGGCUGAUUUUGUUGCUGAAUUUCGCCCUCGCAACCGACCCCCUGUAACGAACCCUAGUUCAUUAGAUUACCCUGAAGGCUUUGUUGCUGAAUUUAGGCCCAGAUGUUUGCCUUCGAGCUGUAAAAAUGAUGCCAUUCAGCCAAUGGAAUUUACUGAUAAAGACGUAAUUUCUGCUUUGUCAGACAAAAACUUUACAAAAGAGAGCAUCACACAGUUACUUGAAGGGUCAGUUUUAACUUUGGUUGAAAAGCUGUUACUAGGUCGUCCGUUAGUUAGGAUAGAGGGUAGAGUGAGUAUAACAAUACAGAAUGAUGAGGAUCCCAUUGUUGUCAAUUUAAACAAACAUUUUCAAAGACCCCAGCAUAAUAACUAUGACUAUUUAACAGAGCUGGACCCAGGGCUCAAUGUUAAACUAAGAGACAGAUAUGUUAGCCCACCAUGUGAGGAUAAACAAGCAGAACACUCAGGUUUAGAGUCGCCUGUUGAGGUGGUCACGUCCCCUACUUUCUUGAAUUUUGAAAACCGAGGUGAGGACCGGCCAAUGUGUAGUCCAUCCUACGACUCGUGUUCCUUGCCUUCACCAAAUACCCUGAACUCAAAUACAGUUAACAAGAAUGAGGGCCAGAAACGAAGAGACAGUGAUGAUGAGAGCGGUUAUACCAGCACAGGGCGGGAUACACCAGAUGCAACCAAACCGAAAGAAAAAUCUAAAAAUUUGCAAAAGACAAAAAGCCUGUUUACUGAUUAUUACUGUAAUGGCUUCGACGGGGAACCUGACGAGGAACUUGAGGAUUCCCCGCUGGAUUCUACUUCUGAUAAAUCGGAUACGGAUCUGUCAGGAUCCGCAGCGGAUGGGAGUGAUGAGAUGGAGGAUGAUGAUUUAGAUAAUACAUUUGAAAGCCCUCUUGUGAUUGAUGUAGAGACGAGGAUGGAGCUUGAUGAAGCCAGGAAACCAGCACAGAUAAGUUUUGACAAAUGUGAUGCUGAUGUAGAUGCAAAAACAGAUAUCCAUUCUUGUUUACACACCAUUGAAGAAACUGAUGAAUCUUUCACCAGCUCUGAUGUUACAGACCUUGAAACUGAUUCACCUGUGGACCUCACGGGGGAGAUCACGAAGGGAAGGGGCAUCUCCCUGUCAACACCUCACCCACACAGCCUGGUAUCCAAGCACCAAGAUGGCUACAAGUGCAAAGAAUGUCACCUGGUACUCCCAGACUGCCAGGCAGUGUCUAAACACGCGCUAGAGCACCACGAUAUAUUCUCCUGCACAUACUGUUUUCGAUCAUUCACUGCUAAGAAUAACCUCAAGCGACACGUGAGGAUCCACACAGGAUCCAAACCUUACAAGUGCUCUCAGUGCAUACAGUCCUUUGCAAGACGCGACGACUUGAAGGGUCACAUGCUGCGCCACGAGCACAACAAACCUUUCCGCUGCUCCCUGUGUCACAAGGGCUACACAGACAGGGCUUGUGUGAAGAACCACAUGGCCAAAGAACACAGAGCUCGUCUCAUGCAUGUGUGCCCUCCUUGCGGGGAGAGCUUUGAUUGCAAUGAAGCAUUCUCCGCUCACAAAAAGACCCACCCUGAGCUUCUGCAAUUUUCUUGCAAAAUUUGCUCCUUCAUCGGAACCAACAACUUGAUGACCUUAAAGCACAGCCUUAUUCAUGACCGCAAACUGUUUUCUUGUAAGCCUUGUAAUGCCUACUUUUCCGACCCGUUUGACUACACCUAUCAUGUGAGGAAACACAAGGGAAAUCCAGACUUCUGCCAGUACAAGUGUUGCUUUUGUGAGGUCCCCUUCUCAACCUACGACCAGUACAUCAGACACGAGUACUCCCACGCACAGCUCAAGACCAACGUCUGCAAAAUUUGCCGCAAGCAGUGCAAGAGCAAGUCACUUCUACUUAGUCACUUAAAAUCCCACCAGCAGCCAUCUCUUUCAAAGCUUCCAGAAGUUGCAAAAGAAAAUGCCCAAGCAGCGAUCAGCACUAAAGACAUCCAGUGGCCGGCUGUGAAAUCUGUGGUCACUUUUCCUCCGCCACCAGUUCCAUUGCCACAGGACACUGACACGCAAGGUGAACUUCUUGAUCUGAGCUUGAAGAAGGCCCCAGUACCUGAUCAGAUGAGUCCAAGAUCCGCCAGUGCUUUUACUCCUAGCCAAAGACCAGCAGGACUUUCAGAAAUUUGUAUACCCAGAAAUGGCUAUACGGCUGAAGCCUACAAUCUGACGCAGGAGCCUAAGAACGCUGACCACUCGAUGAGCUCGGUCCAGGAGGAAUCUAAGGUUAACGACGAGGCCCUCAGACUCUCCAACGGCCAGAGGAGUUGGAUGAAAGCUGUCAGUCCUGUGUGCGGAGGCUUCAGGUCUCAUAAGUACGUGUCCCCGGUCAGUCCAGGCAGUGGGGACAAAAACAGGAGUGGCGGGAUGAAUAACCUUGAAAGGAUUUUAAACCAGUCAGACUCAAAUGGAAACCCCAACAAAACAUCUCUGAGGUUUUACCCAUACAGUAGACAAAAAAUGGUUGAACUGGCGGAAAAAUACUACGUCGCCAGAGGAAUGAAAUUUGCUGGACCAAAAAUGCAUCUGCAGAAUGCUAGACCUGUCAACCAGCAGAGAGAGUGUAGCCCAGUUUUGUUACCGACUAUACUGGCUGAUGAAGAAUGCAACACUCACUGCCUGCCACAGACUGUAAGGAAAUCCCCAGAAACCCUGGCGCCUGAAACUCCUCUUUUGGCCGUUGUCAAGACUGAACCCAUGGUGGAAUCUGACCUUGUGAGUGAGAUCAACAUCGAGUCCAUGAACAUCAAGGACAGUGCCAGAUCCAAGCAGAGCAGGAUGGAGGCGCUGAACCCGCACAGUUGUGAUUUCUGUAAGGAGAACUUCAGCUCGUUCACGGAGCUUGAGGCCCACAGCGUGGAGCUGCACAAGAGGUACCUGUGUGAGCACUGCAUGAAGACCUUCACCACCCGCCCCAACAGGGACAGGCACGCCCGCGUCCACACUGGCGAGCGGCCGUACAAGUGCGACCUCUGUGACCUGGCCUUCUUCAGGGGGGAUGACCUCAAGUACCACCGCACCACCCGGCACCCCAGCGCACCACCUUACGUCUGCAGCAGGUGCUCUGCUAGUUUUACCUGGGGGCGUGACCUGGAGAGGCAUAUCAAGAACUCAAAAUGCAAAUGAAAUGCACAACACGAAACAUGGUAGACCCGGUUUAUUACCUUAGAAGAACUAUCAUCAAGAACAUAUUUUACUGAUAUCUUUCACUUGGUGUUUGUUAUACUUAACCCAAAACCUGUGAAUGAAAAAACAAACGUUUCCCAUCUACUAAUUAAAAACUAGAAUUACCCAUCCUUUGUUUGGAAUGUAACUACCCAAAACAUUAUUUUUUUAAUAAUCUGUUAAUUCUAAUCCCACAUUCCAGCAAUAAAAUAAUGUAGUUUUUAUUUCCUAUUUCCAUAUUCCAAACCAUGCCUUAAAAUUUCACCUCCAUCCCUCAAAUUGUCACAUAAUUAUUCAGAGUUUUGUUCCACUCUUUAUUAAGCCGAAAACCUAUUAUGUUUUGUCAUUUGAAUAUUAAAAUGUUAAUAUAUUAGGCUUUGAAACUGUCAAUGUAAAUAAUUGUUCUAAGUUAUGUUUUAACUUGUAUAUUAAACUAAUGCCACAGUAUCUUCUCAUUUAGUGCUGUAUCUCUUUCAACAAACACUUUUAAAGUUGUUUUGUAUAGAACUGAUGUAAUCCUCUUACUAGUGUGUUUAUUCUAGAACAUUCCAAUCUGUCUUGCUUUUAUCUGCCAAAGACUUUAUAAGCAAGUGCCUGUCCUUUAAAAAAAAUGAUACUGUACUAUCUAAAAAUUAAACUCUAAAUUUUAACGUUGUAUAAAAAGAUUGUUUUAUUUGAUGCAUAUCAUUAUCCUGAUGAAUCUGAAUUUACUUGUUACAUGGUUCUAUUUCAAUUUGUGAUAAUUAUUUUGUCUGCGUUUACUUUGAUCCUUUUAAAAUCUUUUUUUUUCUGAACUGUUCUAUUGUUUUAAAGAGUAUAAAAAAAUAAUUCCUAUGCUUUAUUACUGAUUAAUGUUUUGGGUUAAGAAAUAAUUUUAGAGGGAUUUGUGUACAUCAUAGAAAUUUGUUAUCCUAUCACCCCUAUUUAAUGUUAAUUAUCAACUUAAUUUAAUGAUUAUCCCCUCUUAAUUUGACAAUUAAAAGAAAAGAUUAAAUAAACUUGCCUUCAUUUUCCAAUCAUAUGAAUUUAAUCUUUAAUAACAUUAAGAGAACGUAUCCAUGUAUUAUUAUAUAUACUGAAGCUGAAGAAAGAAAGAGUAUUUUUGUUACAGAAUGUUGUUAGAUAAAAAAAAAAACAUUUUCAGAAAUAUUAUUUUCUUAAUUGUUUAUGAGUAAUAAACAUGAGUAAUGGUUGUUGACAAAUAAAAACAUUUGUUUGA